AUGGUAACGAAUAGACCGAGCAAUGCGGAAUUGGAUUUUAUCCUGCACAGAGACUUUACCACGGUGUUUCGGUCGGGGUACGUGCAAGUGAAGGGUGUGACUUUGCCCAGGAGAUUUUUGGAUAUUCAAAACGACAUUUCGAAUUGGACGGUCAGAGAUCGGGAUAUUUGGAUUGUGACUUUUCCGAAAACGGGAACAACAUGGACUCAGGAAAUGGUAUGGAUGAUAAUGAACGAUUUGGAUUUCAAAAAAGGAGAGGAAAAUUUGGGCUCCCGCUCUCCAUUUCUAGAAGUAUCAGCGUUAUUCGAUUUUCGAAAAUUCAAAAAGGAACACAGCGACUUCAAGCCGCCGCCAUUUUUGGACGAUUCCCUUAAAUUCGUCCAAGACGAAAGCAAAAAAGGGGAUUUGUGUUUAAAAACUCACUUACCGUGGUCGUUGUUGCCUAAAUCUAUACAAGACAACUCGAAAAAACCAAAGGCAAUGAGCUAUGCUCCUUACUGGAACCACGUCCUGCCCUUCUGGGAGCGCAGGAAUCAGCCCAACCUCCUUUUCCUGAAAUACGAGAAAAUGGUGCAGGACCUACCCUCGGUCAUAAAGGAAGUGGCCGAUUUCUUGGAGAAACCUCUAUCGCCCGAAAACAUAAGCCUGCUAGCGGAGCAUUUGAGCUUCGACAGCAUGAAAAAAAAUCCCGCCGUCAACUACGAGAUGGUGGUGAAUUUGAAUAGAAAAUACAAAUUUACCGACACCGACGGUUGUUUCAUGAGAUCGGGCAAAGAAUUAUAG